GGUAAAAAUAACAAAACCGCAAAGACCAAUUGUUUAACGCUAGGCCUGAGGCCUCAAAUGUUGGAUAAGGAUAGAGGGCCUCGGACAGCCCUCAAGUUUAAACUAAAACACGACAUGUCUAUGAUUAUCAAUCCAUUGCACUCUGUUUUUGGGAUUUCACAUCAUUUCAGAGAACUGAACGCUCCCCCCUCUUUCCCUAUCCUUCCGAACUGUGGAAAGCCACUGGUCUUCACCACUUGGUUUUCCUCAGAUUGGCGGCAGAGGUGAGAAACCAUGUUACAACUUUAUGCUUCUUUUUGUUUAAUCUGAAUUAUUGCUAAAGAAUUGUUCCUUGCAUGUUUACGUGAUAUAAGUUACUUCUAAGAUGUCUAAAGCUCAAGAUCCAUUCUACAUCGUCAAAGAAGAGAUUCAAGAAUCUAUUGAUAAGUUGCAAUCAAGUUUUCAUCAAUGGGAAAGAAUUCUCCCCGACACUGGAGAACAAGUACAUCUCACGAAAGAGCUACUUGCUAAUUGUGAGAGCAUCGAAUGGCAGGUAGAUGAGUUGAACAAAACAAUAGAUGUGGCAGCAAGAGAUCCUUCUUGGUAUGGCAUUGAUAAUAGAGAACUUGAAAGCCGGAGAAGAUGGACCAUCACUGCUUGUACUCAGGUAGGAGAUGUGAAGAAAUCUGUAGUAGCCCGAAAAGAAAAUGGUAAUUCCGCAAGUGCAAUGCGCCGUGAAUUAAUGAAACUGCCAAUUUCGCAUCAAUCGGACAGAUCAUAUCAGUAUAGUGCAGAAGAUAAUGAUGACUUUAUCGCAUCAGAAUCAGAUAGACAAAUGCUUCUUAUAAAGGAGCAGGAUGAGGAGUUGGAUGAACUUAGUGCAAGUGUUGAGAGAAUUGGAGGUGUUGGCCUUACAAUACAUGAAGAACUUCUUGCACAGGAGAAAAUAAUAGAUGACUUGGGUACUGAAAUGGACAGUACAACAAACCGACUGGAUUUUGUUCAGAAAAAAGUGGCUAUGGUUAUGAAGAAGGCAAGUGCUAAGGGCCAGAUUAUGAUGAUAUUAUUUUUGCUAGUUUUGUUCAUUAUUCUAUUCAUUCUGGUCUUCCUCACUUAGUCUUCUGAUUGUUGUACACAAGUCUGAUAUUUGGAUAUAACCAUCGGAGCUGCAGAACAUAGAGGAGUUGGUUGGUGUGAUAUCAAAGUGUUGAAUAAACGAUGAUCGGAACAUGCUGAAUGAAGAAAGCAUUUUUCUUAUGUGCUUGUGAAAUUGUUGAACUUGAUUUAGGAUUAUGUAAGACAGGGAUAUAUGUAUAUGUAUACUUCUAAUUGUUUAAUUCUCUUUUGCAAUGUUAUGAUUUUUUGUAUUUUGUCUAUGGCUAGAGCUUAACGGUUUCUGAUUCGCAAUUAUGGUAUGCGUCGAGUUCGAACCA